AUGAUAUAUCAUUUUGUCUUUGCAGAUGAAUCUGUUUCUGCUGCUAUCGUAGCUGCUGAUCUGAUCAGCUCUACACGCCUUAAACUUAAGCUGGAUAGUGUCCAUACUGAGUACUCAGCUCAGUAUUUGGUGGACAAUGCUGCUGGCUCACACGGGCACAAGCUCACUGUCAAAGGCUGCCUUGAGUUUGCGUUAAAGAACGGCAUACCGAAAGCUGAAGAUUGGCCACAGUUGGGAUCUGUGUCGAAGCCCCCAUCAUCGUACAAGCCUGCUCUCGUUACCAUGAAAGGAAAAGUGGUUGUGCCUAAGAAUUUGGAGGAAGUGGUUGACAUGCUUGACUUGGUUGUGCAUCAACCAUUGGGAGCAAAACUGCAUGUGUUGAAUCCACACCUUGAACUUCAGGGAAUUUACUGUGGCCCGACUGGUGAACCAGCCAGCUAUGUUGGUCUUAGAGAUGGGAUAAUUCUUGGAGUGGAGAAGAUCCAAGGAAAGGACAUUGCAACAGUGAAGAUAUGGCACAAGCAGAAAUUUACAAUCCUGAAAGUGGCUAUGAGCAGGUGGUUUGUGCAGCAGUCUCUGGACGGAGAGCCGGGCUUUUUAACAUAGGGCCAUCAUAUCUACUUGUUGACUAUUGUGUCCCACUCCUAUCCAUCGACUAAGCAUCAUUUGUUAUCUUAAUAAGUAUCUAGUGGAAGAAUAUGUUUGUGGAGACUUUUUGAAAAAAUAUGUAAGACCCUUAAGAUGUUGAUCUCUCUACUUUCUAAAGACAUAUUAUGGAUGAUCGCUUUGUUA